UUGGAUGAAUGCUACGUGUGAAGGUGUUGAUGUGUGAUUUGUGGAUGCAUAGGAUGUAAUAAUGAUGUGGAAAGAAUAUGAUUCUACUUCUAAUGAAUAUAAGUGUCGGGUGUAUAAGGGGUCUUCUACUCCUCUCGCGGUGCUUUCAUCUCUAGAUUAGUACUCAGACCUUAUAAAAAAGAAAGAAUAAGAGAGAGAAAGCGGAGAUGAAGGAUGGAGCCCAAGUUGUGCUGAAUGAUAAUGGUAACUACGGCAAAUUCUCACACCUACUUGCUUCCCAAGAUCGUGAUUAUCUUCUCUCUCCAACUGGGGCUCAGGUGAAAGUUUCUGAUCUUGAAGGGAGAGUAGUGGGUCUAUUAUUCGCUGCGAAUUGGUACCCACCAUGCCGUGGAUUCACCCAAAUCCUAGUUGGAAUCUACGAGGAGCUGAAAAGCAGAGUCCCUCAAUUGGAGAUUGUGUAUGUGUCCUCUGAUGAAAACUUGGAUGCCUUUAAUAGCUUCUAUGGAAACAUGCCGUGGCUUGCAAUUCCGUUCUCCGAUUUGGAAACAAAGAAAUCCUUGACCAGAAAGUACGACGUGGAAGCCGUUCCGUGCUUAAUUUUGUUGCAACCUGAUGAUCGUAAAGAGCACGUAACAGUUCGUGACGGGGUUGAACUUAUUUACCGUUACGGAAUCCAAGCUUAUCCAUUCAGUAACGAGAGGUUGGAGCAGCUGCAAAAGGAAGACAAAGUGAAGCGUGAUAAUCAGACUCUCACUAAUUUACUAGCAAACCACCAUAGAGACUAUGUUUUGAGUCACACUCACACGGGACUCAAAAAGUUUUAUUUGAACUGCAUGCAGAGAAUCAUGGAUCCUGUUCCGGGUGACGGGUGUUGCUCAUGUACACAGGUACCUGUUGCUUGGCUAGUGGGUAAAACAAUUGGACUCUACUUCUCAGCGGAAUGGUGCGUCCCAUGCGCCAAGUUCACUCCAAAACUGAUUUCUGUUUACGAGAAGAUAAAGCACGAGCUAGCCGGAAAGGGAGAGGAAGACUUCGAAGUUGUGCUAAUAUCCAGCGACCGCGACCAAGCAUCCUUUGACUCCUACUACAGCACCAUGCCUUGGUUAGCCUUACCUUUCGGUGACCCAGAAAUCAAGAACCUCGUUAGACACUACAACGUGCAAGGGAUUCCCUGGUUGGUGAUCAUAGGCCCUGAUGGUAAAACAAUAACCGUACAUGGCAGGAGUUUGAUAAACUUGUACCAAGAAAAUGCGUACCCUUUCACCAACGCCAAAGUGGAGGAGCUGGAGAAACAGCUUGAGGAAGAGGCCAAGGGUCUUCCGGCAUUGGUGUAUCAUGAAGGGCACCGCCAUGAUCUGAAUUUGGUGUCUGAUGGAAACGGUGGAGGGCCCUUUAUUUGCUGCGUAUGUGAUGAGCAAGGGUCUAGUUGGGCCUACCAGUGUCUCCAAUGUGGCUAUGAAGUGCACCCAAAGUGCGUCAGAACUGUGGAACGUCAUGACAAUAAUGUCUAGGAAUUUUUUAAUUAAAUUCCUGUGGCAAUUAAUUCUAUAUCCUGUGUUACCGUCCAAGAGGGGCGAUAACUUGACUUGGCUGUAUCCUAAUCUGCACCAGGGAAGGGACUGGAAUGCCCUUUAGAUAAAUUAGAUUACGUAUCUUUAUGGUGCUUUUCUACUUGUUCAGAAUAUGUGUGACUGAGAGUCAUAAGAAGGAAAGGUGAUACUUGGGGAAUCAUCUAUUUGGUUCUCCAUAGCUUUUAAGAAAAACUGUUGUUACUUGUUCGUUAUCAAGUGUCUUUCUAUAACUAACAAUGACAAUAAAAUUUAUAGUACGUACUGUAUUUGAUAUGUUUAAAAGUGAACAAGUUGCAUUGUUCGUUGAUAUUGGUCAAUAUAUGGUCAUGAUGCAUGUAUCUGUAA